ACUGAACUGAAAAAUGUCAGGAAGAGGAAAAGGCGGGAAGGGACUCGGUAAAGGAGGCGCCAAGCGUCACCGUAAAGUUCUCCGUGAUAACAUCCAGGGCAUCACCAAACCCGCCAUCCGCCGGCUGGCUCGCCGCGGGGGAGUGAAGCGUAUCUCCGGUCUGAUCUACGAGGAGACCCGCGGUGUGCUCAAGGUGUUCCUGGAGAACGUCAUCCGUGACGCCGUCACUUACACCGAGCACGCCAAGAGGAAGACUGUGACCGCCAUGGAUGUGGUGUACGCUCUGACGAGACAGGGCCGCACUCUGUACGGCUUCGGAGGUUAAACAACGAUCUGACGACAACACAACGGCUCUUUUAAGAGCCACACACAAUUCCUCAGUCCUAAAUAAUGCGAUCGUACAUCCAUUGUGUUCUGAAAAUAUAAAAAACCUGAAUUAUUGCAUUGCCGGUUAUGUUAACAACGUGGUUAAAUCUGAUGUUUGUAUCAAACCUCGCAGCAUCAAGUCAGAUCCUUGACUAUUAUGUAGAAACAUAACGUGAAUAGGCUACAAUGCAUUUCCCUCUCAAUAUGGUCACCGUUCUACAUCAAACUAUUUUUUUGAUUAAAUCAAAGACUGCAGCUCUGUUCUGUGUGUUUAGGAUCAGUUAUUCAGUUUUUUUUUUAUAUUGACAGUUAGUUAAACUUGUUAGAUUAUUUGACAACCCGUAAAACACUUCAGUUGUUGCAAAGGCCGACCUCAACGCACCCCAUGAUAAAGUCUUGUCUUUUAUAAACCCUUAUCAUAGCACAAUAAAAAGGUGUCCCUGUUGUAAUGGGAG